UACCACAUACCUGUGGGUGAAUCUGAAGCAGUCAGCAGUGAUCUGUAGGUGAAGACCAGCUGAGAAGAUGUGGAUUAUUAUCCUGGCUUUAUCCAUUUUGUCAUGUCAAGUGAAGUCAGACCUUGACUGUGAUGCCCCGACGCUGGAAAGAGGCUUUUUCAUCCCAGUAAAGGAGAGUUAUAAAAACGGAGAUGUUGUUCACUACAGCUGUGACAAGGACCUGAAACCUGCUCGGACAACAGGGUGGGGACGGAUAACAUGCACAGACAAUAAAUGGACCCCCACACCUCUGUGCAUCCCUAAAACAUCGUGUCUUCCACCACUUGUGCCAAACGGCAGUCCAGUACCUAAGCAGGACUUCUAUCCUCAUGGUUAUGUGCGAUUUGAAUGUGACAGAAACUAUGCAAUUGAAAAUAGACAGCCAUGGUCAUCAUGUGAUAACGGAACUUGGAAGGAUCUGCCGGUGUGCCAACGGUUGCCAAAUCAUUGUGGUCCUCCUCCACGUGUUGAGAAUGGACUAAUCAAUGGACCAUACAAGGAUGAUUACCUGGAGCAGGAACAUGUCCAGUAUGUUUGUGCAGAACGAUAUGAACUAAUUGGAGAAGAUAAAAUCCAAUGCACGAAGGGUGCGUGGACCUCUGAGCCGUUCUGUGAUCCUAAAGAUGAUUUUAAUACUGCUUCAGUCAGUCAGUGUAGAACUACUCCCUAUGUUAAAGAUGGAGUAUUUAUACCAGUACCAGGUGGAAAGAAAUUACAAGUUCGGUGUGUGACAUUUUAUAAACUCUUUGGACCUAAAACAGUAAGAUGUGUGAAUAGAAAGUGGACAACGUUCCCAGUGUGUAAACCUCCGUGUGUAAUAGAGGAGUCUGGGGAAUAUCUGAUGGAAGGAGAAAGGAUAAAACUAAGCUGUGGUUGGCCUCAAAAGAAAUUUGUCACGUGUGUAAAUGGAGAUCUUGAGUACGGUGAAUGUAGAUUCAUGUGGCCUUGGGAGUGACCUGCAUCAACAGCUGAACCUGAAAGAGCUCCUGCUGCCCAUCAGAAAUCUUCCUUCUUAGAACAAACAUCUGGAUUUUAUCCAGAAUAAAAAUAAAAGCAUGUCACUAGUG